ACGCGCAGCCUCAUUCGCCGGUGGUGCUCUUCCUUCAGUGGCUCUUUUGCUGAACCACCAAGUAAUCUUUUCUUUUUCCUAAGAACUGAAAACACUGAAAAAAAAAUGAAUGUAGAACAUGAAGUGAAGUUGCUGGUGGAGGAAAUCCAGAGACUUGGUGAAAAGAAUGCUAAUGGCCAGAUGUCUGUGAAGUUUGGAGUUCUAUUCAGUGAUGACCGAUGUGCUAACAUCUUCGAGGCUCUGGUGGGCACCCUGAAAGCGGCCAAGAAGAGAAAACUGGUCACUUAUGAAGGUGAACUGCUUCUUCAGGGAGUUCAUGACAAUGUGGAAAUUAUCCUGCUGCAAGCGUGAUGACCACUUUGGGUUUUCCUAAUUCUAUUAUCUAACCCCUUUAAAAUUAUUAGUUUGAUAGUGAUACAGUUUUAAGCAAAUACUUGUAAUAUUUGACACCAUUUGGUCUAAAUAAUCAAUCUCUGACUGCAAUCUCAAAUGGGUGAUGUUGGUCAGGCACUGUUCAUACUAACGCGUACUAACUUGUGCAGGUCUGAGUUAUUGCGCUCUGUGGUGUGCAGAUGCCUUAGUUCUGUCCUUGUUUAGACACUUUUUUUUUUUUACAAGUUACAAAAAACACUGCACCUAAACGUUGCCAGAGUGAAACCUAAGGUACCCGGGCUUUUGAAUAAGUAAGUGAGCAAAGAGUGUUGACUUCAAGCUAAUCUUAAAACUUUCUGACUUGGAAGAUCUUCUAAUUGAGGUUACUCAGGUAAAUGCUCAUCCUGUUGAGCAAUAAAUCCUUUUAAUAUAUCUUGCACCUUUCUCAAACAAAUUAUGAGUUCUUUCUCAAAGUUGGUGUCUAGUAUUUGUAUAGAACCAGAGUAAAAUUAAUUCUUGGCCAUUUCAACUAAACACAGCAGUAUUUAUUUCUCAUACCUGCCAGAUGGCUGCAGAGUACUGUAUGUUGUUUUUUUGUAGUUUUUUUUUUUUUAUUAUACAAUAAUACACAGAUGAAUGUAAUAC